CACCUACUGUGUAGGCGAAACUAUGGCCCGCUAUUACCCGGCUGAUCUGACCGCAGAAUCCCUGCAGGACAAAGUCAUUGUCAUCACUGGUGGUGCAAAUGGCAUCGGGGCGAGUCUAGUUGAGUACAGCUGCCAGCACGGUGCCUAUGUCUGCAUCGGUGAUGUCGCUGUUGCGGCGGGUGCGAGGCUCGUAGAAAGCGUCUGCGCUACGUCUCCAGCCUCGUCACUACCGCGAGCGAUGUUCCAGAAGACCGACGUGUCCGACUACCAGUCUAUCCUAGAUCUAUUCGACACCGCUUACAAGACAUAUAACCGCAUCGACCACGUCGUCACUGCGGCCGGAAUGCUGGAGAUUGGAAACUGGUUCGACCCCCACUUGACCCUGGAGACUGUGCGAGAGGCCCCUCCCACCACCGUUCUCAACAUCAACCUCCUCGGGACCCUCUUCGUCGCUCGGAUCGCCGCCGUGUAUCUGCGGCAGAACCGACCCCCGCACACCGACCGCUCGCUCACGUUCAUCUCCUCUGUCGCCGGGUUCAAGGAAACCCCCGGCAUGUUCGUCUACCAAGCAACCAAGCAUGGAAUCCUGGGGUUGAUGCGUUCGUUGCGGCCGUAUCUCCCCGCCGCAGUACAUCGGCUGCGCGUCAAUGCCGUCUGUCCGUGGAUGACCGAAACAGAGAUGGUGAGGCAUAUCACGGAAGGCUGGAAACAGGCCCGGUUGCCUCUCAACUCCGCGCAGAGCGUGGCGGUCAUCGUCGCCGGGCUGGUGGCGGAUCCGAAUCUGACUGGGAAGGCCAUGUACGUAGAGGGGGGACGCGCAUGGGAGAUUGAGGACAACCUCACUCGUCUGGAGCCAGAGUGGCUGGGCGAGGAGCCAUCACGAUCGUUGGCCAGGGGGCAGGAGUUUUUAGCGGAGGGGAGUAAAUGGCAGUAAAUUAGUCUUGGUGGUUGUAGGCUACAUAAAAGCUUGUACUCCGCACAUAGUUACAGUAGACUACAGCUACGCCCGCUCCGCAAAGCCC